AUUAAAGUCAAAGACAAGACCGCCAAGAGAGUUAUUGUAAGACCAAUGGCAACGCAAACUAUACAAUUUGCAAAUUUGAUACCCUCUGCCAAUGAUGAAGCUGAGCAGGAAAGUAAUCGUUUGCGUACAGAGAACGAAGAAUUAAAAAGACAAGUAGCUGCCCAAGCAGCCCAAAUAAUAACUCUUACGAGAGUCAUAGAUUCGUUUCCAAAUGUAUCUCCGCAGCCAAAUGCAGCUGCGCAAAAUAAUUUUAAUUUAGACGACAUCCGAAAUAUGAUGAGAGAAGAGAGAGAAAGAGAUAGAGGAAUGGCACCAGGCAGACAGCAACAACUUCCUGACGAAAAUGUUUUAAGAAACUAUUUAGGAAAUAGAGAUAGUAGAGUUAUGUAUGCCGGUGUUGAAAUCACUAAUAGUGCUCUUCAAAAAGCAAAGAGUGAUACGAAAUUUUCAUUGCGACUUAAUCAUGUUGUGAGUGGUUACUGGCUCCCGGAACAAAUUCCUUUCGUAGCAGCAGUUAGAGCUCCAAAUGGUGUUUCUAAGGAUGAUUUUAUUGAAAUUCUUGAUGUAGAUGUCAUGAAUAUUCAGAAAAUUCUUACCAGUCUUCAAGAGCUACAUAGAAUUGAUGAAAUAACUCCCGAAAUACUCCAGUUUACUGCACUUAAGAAGCGUAUAGUGAACGCUCUUAGUUAUCUUCGAAGAGAUUAGGAAGUUUAAAGGCAAAGGAAGCUAAGCCUGCUUUUACCAUUUUCAUUCUUUUUUAUUUUUGUUAUUUACAUCGUUAAAUAUUGUUUAAUAAUAAUUGGUUCAAUUUGUUCGAUGAAAAUAUGUCAGUACCAUGUAAGCACAGCGACUUUUACGUUUUGUAUACUUUUGAAUAAAAUAUACUUUU